AUGGUAAAGAAUUAUUGUUUGGUAUUCAGUAAGCUGUUACUGCAAAGCCGACAUCUUGACCGAUGUGAUCACGUGCCAUCCCACAAAUUCAGGUUAGAAUAUUCUGUGGUUACACAGAGGGGCUACUAUCCUGAAACCCCUGAUAAAGAAAAUCAAGACAGCUACUGUAUAAAAACCCAUAUUCAGGGUAAUCCAAAUGUGCAUUUCUUUGGGGUAUUUGAUGGGCAUGGGCAGUUUGGUACACAAUGUUCAAAGUUUGUCAAAGAUAGGCUUGUUGAGAUUUUAUCAAAUGACCCUACAUUGUUGGAUGAUCCUGUUAAGGCUUAUAAUUCUGCAUUUUUGGCUACAAAUGAAGAACUACAUAUUAGUGAUAUUGAUGAUUCCAUGAGUGGUACAACAGCUAUCACUGUGCUUGUUGUUGGGGACAUGCUAUAUGUGGCCAAUGUGGGUGAUUCAAGGGCGGUGUUGGCCGUUAAGGAAGAGAAUAAGCUUGUUGCUGAAGACUUGUCUUAUGACCAGACACCAUUUAGGAAAGAUGAAUGUGAGAGAGUUAAACUUUGUGGUGCCCGUGUUUUAAGUGUUGAUCAAGUGGAAGGGCUUAAAGAUCCUGGAAUUCAGACAUGGGGAGAUGAAGAGACUGAAGGUGGUGAUCCACCAAGGUUGUGGGUUCAGAACGGAAUGUAUCCUGGGACGGCAUUUACACGGAGUGUGGGGGAUAGCACAGCAGAGAAGAUUGGUGUAGUUGCUGUUCCUGAGGUAUCAGCAGUUCACCUUACCUCUAGUCAUCCAUUCUUUGUCGUUGCCAGUGAUGGUGUUUUUGAGUUCCUCUCCAGCCAAACUGUAGUGGAUAUGGUGACUAGAUAUACCGAUCCCCAGGAUGCAUGUUCUGCUAUUAUUGGAGAAGCCUAUAAACUAUGGUUAGAGCAUGAGAAUCGGACAGAUGAUAUAACAAUCAUCAUUGUACACAUUAGAGAUUUAUCUAAUUUUGUUGUUAGUGCCAAUAGUGAUAGCAACGAAGGGAAAACAAGGUCUGAUGCACUGAGGACGGAGAAUGGAACUUCUGAUGUGUUUUUCACGCCUUCUGGAUCUGAAGUCUGCCAUUCAGUAAGAAGUGAUUUUUCUGAACGUUAUAGCUAUCAGAAUACAAUGCCAAAGGAUCAAAGCCUUGCAAAUGUUGCUUCUCCAGCAAUGUUGGCUUAGCUAUCUGCAUCGGACUGAAGAAAGAAAAGACCAGGGGGUUCAUUAGGGUUCCUUUUCUCACUUCGAUGAAUUGGUAAUCGAUCUGGUGGUUAUACAUCCGCAGCAGACCACAAAUUCAAGUUUAUCUUCAAAUCUAGUUGUUGAAGAGUUGCAUUCGUUUCCGUGAUUAUGUCCCAAUAGCAUGUGCUCCCUGGUUGAAAUGAGCUGCCAUUUUGCCUUCUCCAACAAACAUAUUAGAAGAGCAAGGCUAACAAGGCUUCAAUAGCUUUAGGGAGAGGCCGGUGGUCUGUUUUGAUACAGAAUAUGUAUGAUGCAGCAGAUGAAUAUAUCAUCAGUUCUGCGGUGAAAAGACACAUCAUGCUAGUAUCAGCUGCUAACGUUGCUUAGACAUUGAUAUUUAGUUUUCUGAUCAGAAUAUUAGUCCAUCCUUGCUUCCAGAAGCAAGAAAGUACUUCAAAGUUGGCUGUUACUUGACCUUAAAAGUGCCUUAAUCUCUUGCGAUAAUCCUUAGUUAAAGAGGGAGAAAAAAAGAAACAUGAUUGUUACUUCCUUGUUUAUGAAGCUCAGACAUGACGAGUGAGUUUGAGCUUUUAGUUCACUUGUACGAACACAUGGGCCAACGUAUAAAAGAUCCCUGCAACUGGAAAUUAAGGAGCCGGUGCCAUCUGAA